CCUCGUCUUAUUUGCACCUGCAGAGGCUGGUUUCCCGGAGGCCAGGGCCCUGGGCGGAGGCCAGGACUGAGCUAUGGUUUGGGGGAACCCAAUCUAACCCAGCACAGGAGAGACAGGCCUGGGGGGAGGCCAGACCUGUCCCCGCCGCUCAGGGAAUCGUGCGCGGCUCUUGGCGGAGGGGACAGCGUGGAGGGGCUGGGCUUGGAGUCAGCUGACCGGGACCCCACGGGCUGGAGACUGUGCCUGGCCCUGCCCACAGCCCCGCCAGGCCAGCACUCGGCACGGACUCUGGCAUCCCGGACGCCCAGGGAGCAGACAGCGGAUCCUGGCAAGCGAGGCCUGCAGCCAGCCGGCACCAUGAACGGCGACGCUUUUCCUGACGUCCUGGCCGCCAGCGGCCCCGAGCCGACCACGGUCCCCAAGACCAUCAAGGCCGUGCCGGAAGCCGGCUCUCCCCCUGGGCCCCAGGCCAGGAGCGUGGCCGGGGUGUUGGUGGAGGCCUCCGGCCGGGCCCUGAGCCUCUACGCGGCGAUGAAGCAGGGCCUGCUGCCCGCCGGGCUCGGGCUGGCUCUGCUGGAGGCCCAGGCGGCCACCGGGGGCCUCGUGGACCCCGCGCAGGGCCAGCUGCUGCCCGUGUCGGUGGCCCUGCAGCAGGGCCUGGUGGGCCUGGAGCUGCGGGAGAAGCUGCUGGCGGCCGAGCGGGCCGUCACCGGCUACGCUGACCCCUACGGGGGCGAGAAGCUGCCCCUCUUCCAGGCCAUUGGGAAGGAGGUGGUGGACCGGGCCCUGGGGUGGGGCUGGCUGGAGGCCCAGCUGGCCACAGGCGGCCUGGUAGACCCCUCCCGGGGUGUGCGGGUGGCCCCGGAGCUGGCCUGCCAGCAGGGCCUCCUGGACCGGGAGACGCAGCGCGGCCUGGAGGAGCACGCUCCGGGCUUCCUGGACCCCAACACGCUGGAGCGGCUGAGCUACCGCGAGCUGCUGGGCAGGUGCGUGCGGGCCCCCGGCACCGGGCUGGCCCUGCUGCCGCUCAAGACCACCUUCCGCACGCUGAGCGGGGCGGCCAGCUUGGCGGAGCUGCUGGAGGCGGGGGUCCUGGAUGAGGAGACGGCCCGGGGCCUGCAGGAGGGCCGGCUGGCGGUGCCCGACGUGAGCGCGCGCCCCCAGGUGCAGCGCUACCUGCAGGGCACCGGGGCUGUGGCGGGCGUUGUCCUGCUGCCCGCCGGCUGCAAGAAGAGCUUCUUCCAGGCCGUGGCUGAGCACCUGCUCCCGCUGGGCGCCGUGCUGCCGCUGCUCGAGGCCCAGGCCGCCACCGGCACACUGGUGGAUCCGGCCACCGGCCAGCGGCUGUGCGUGGACGAGGCGGUCCGGGCGGGCCUGGUGGGCCCCGAGCUGCACGGGCAGCUCCUGGAGGCUGAGCAGGCGGUGGCGGGGUUCCCCGACCCCUUCAGCGGCUCCCGCCUCCCCCUCUUCCAGGCCAUGAAGAAGGGGCUGGUGGACAGGCCCCUGGCGCUGCGGCUGCUGGAUGCACAGCUGGCCACGGGCGGGCUGGUGUGCCCGGCCCGCAGGGUGCGGCUGCCCCUGGAAGCCGCCCUGCGCUUCGCCUGCCUGGACGAGGAGACGCAGCAGCAGCUCUCACGGGCCGCGGGCUUCUCAGACCCCGGCACGCAGGAGAGCCUCAGCUACGGGCAGCUGCUGGCCCGCUGCGUCACCGACCCCGAGAUGGGGCUGGCCUUCCUGCCCCUCCCUGGGGAGGCCCCUGGGGAGGAGCCACAGGGACUCCCGUUCAUCGAGCACAGCACCCAGGAGGCCCUGAGUGCGGCCACCACCACCGUCUCCGCGGGCAAGUUCCAGGGCCGGCCCGUGUCACUGUGGGAGCUGCUUUUCUCUGAAGCCGUGCCCGCGGGGCAGAGGGCAGCGCUGGCCCAGCAGCACCAGGCGGGGGCCCUGUCGGUGGAGGAGCUGGCCGCGGUGCUGAGGACCACCCUGGAGCAGGCCGCAGCCACGGCCAAGACCACCUUCUCGGGGCUGCGGGUCCCCGUGACCCCCGGAGAGCUGCUGAAGGCAGAAAUCAUCGGCCCUGAGGUGUACGAGCAGCUGGCACGCGGGCAGACCACGGCCCAGCACGUGGGCAGCCUGGACUCCGUGCAGCGGUACCUGCAGGGCACGGGCUGCAUCGCCGGCCUGCUGCUGCCCGGCUCCCAGGAGCGGCUCAGCAUCGACGAGGCGCAGAGGAAGGGGUUGCUCAGGCCGGGCACGGCCCUCAUCCUGCUGGAGGCGCAGGCCGCCACCGGCUUUGUCAUCGACCCCAAGGAGAACCAGAGGUACUCCGUGCAGGAGGCGCUGAGGGCCGGCGUCAUUGGGCCCAGCGUGUUCGCCAAGCUGCUGUCGGCCGAGCGGGCGGUCACCGGCUACACCGACCCCUACACCGGGGAGCAGAUCUCCCUCUUCCAGGCCAUGAAGAAGGAGCUGAUCGUCCGGGACCACGGCAUCCGCCUGCUGGAGGCCCAGAUCGCCACGGGCGGCAUCAUCGACCCCGUGCACAGCCACCGCGUGCCCGUGGAGGUGGCCUACAAGAACGGCUACUUCGACGAGGAGAUGAACCACGUCCUGGCCGACCCCAGCGACGACACCAAGGGCUUCUUCGACCCCAACACGCACGAGAACCUCACCUACAUGCAGCUGCUGGAGCGCUGCGUGCGCGACCCCGAGACCGGCCUGUACCUGCUGCCGCUCAGCAGUGCCCAGCCCCAGCUGGCGGACGCGGCCACCCGGCGGGCCUUCCAGAACCUGCUGCUCCCGGGGAAGUACGGGCGGUUCCGGGGGCGGCGGGUGUCGGCGUGGGAGCUGCUCAACUCCGAGUGCUUCAGUGAGGCCCGGCGGCGGCAGCUCCUGCACAGCUUCCGGCGGCGCGAGGUCUCCCUGGAGCAGGUGGCCAAGCUGUUGCAGAGGGAGGCGGCCAGGUGUGCGGACGUCAUGCUGCCCGCCCUGCGGGGCCGGGCCACCGCCUACCAGCUCCUGGAGGCCCAGAUCAUCGACCAGGAGCUCCUGGACCGGCUGCUGGCGGGGACGCUCAGCCCCGAGGCCCUGCUCCGCGUGGAAGGCGUCCGCACGUCCCUGCGCGGCUCGGGCGCCGUGGGCGGGGUGCUGCUGCCGGCCUCCAACCGGAGGCUCAGCCUCUACCAGGCCAUGAAGCAGCAGCUGCUGCGGCCUGGCCUGGCCCUGGCCCUGCUGGAGGCCCAGGCGGCCACCGGAGCCCUGACGGACCCCGACAGCCUGGAGGCCCUGUCGGUGGAGGAGGCUGUGCGCAGGGAGCUGGUGGGGCCGGAGUUGUACGCCCGGCUGCGACGGGCCGAGGGCGCCCUGACCGGCUUCCGAGACCCCUUUUCCCAGGAGCGGGUGUCCCUGUUCCAGGCCAUGAAGAAGGGCCUCGUCCGGGAGGAGCAGGCCGCCCGCCUCCUGGAGGCCCAGGUGGCCACGGGAGGGGUCAUCGACCCCACGGGCCACUACCACCUCUCCCUGCCCGUGGCCGCCGAGCGUGGCUGCAUCGACCAGGAGAUGGAGGCGGCCUUGUCCAGCUCCCCGGACACCUUCCCCACGCCGGACGGCCGGGGCCGCACCAGCUAUGCCCGGCUCCUGGGGCAGUGUCUGAAGGAUGAGGCUUCCGGCCUCUACCUGCUGCCCCUGCAGGAAGGUGUGCCCGCCGGCCCCUCCGACCAGCAGCUGCAGGAGACCCUGCAGGCCACGCCAGGCGCGGAGGACGGCUCGUCCCUCUGGGAGCUGCUGGCCUCCUGCCAUUUCACGGAGGAGCAGCGGCGGGGCUUCCUGGAGGACGUGCAGGUGGGCAAGACCACGGUGCCGCAGCUGCAGGCGGCCGUGCGGGGCUGGGUGCAGGCGGCCAAGCUCCUGGCGCGGGCCCGGGUCACCGUGCCCGGCCCUCGGGGCGAGGUCCCCGCGGUCUGGCUGCUGGACGCCGGCAUCAUCACUCAGGAGACCCUGGCGGCGCUGACCCAGGGCACACGGUCGCCCGCCGAGGUGGCCGAGGAGCCCACGGUGAAGGCCUGCCUGUGGGGCACGGGCGCCGUGGCCGGCGUGCUGCUCCAGCCCUCGGGGACCAAGGCCAGCAUCGCCCAGGCCAUGCAGGACGGCCUGCUGCCCCCCGGCCUGGGGCAGAGCCUGCUGGAGGCCCAGGCCGCGUGCGGCUCCCUGGUGGACCCUCUGACCAACCAGAGGCUGUCUGUGGAAGCCGCGGUCAAGGUGGGGCUGGUGAGCGGGGCGCUGAGUGAGCAGCUCCGGCAGGCGGAGCGGGCCGUGGCCGGCUACACCGACCCCUUCUCCGGGAGCCCCCUCUCGCUGUGGCAGGCCAUGGAGAAGGGGCUCGUGCCCCGGCGGGAGGGCCUGCCCCUCCUGCAGGCCCAGCUGGCCACGGGGGGCGCCGUGGACCCCGCCCAUGGGGUGCACCUCCCCCCGGCGGCAGCCUGCAGGCUGGGCCUCCUGGACGAGCGGACGCUCCAGGCGCUGACCGGGACGGAUGAGGACAGCAAGUUCUUCUUCGACCCUAGCAGGCGGGACCGGGUGACCUACCAGCAGCUGAGGGAGCGCUGUGUCCUGGACGCGGACACUGGCCUGUGGCUGCUGCCCCUCCCCCAGGGCGUGGCCCUGGAGGUGGACAACCACACGGCCGUGGCCCUCAGGGCCAUGAAGGUGCCCGUCGGGGCCGGGAGGUUCAAGGGGCUCACAGUUUCGCUCUGGGACCUGCUGCACUCGGAGUACGUGGGCGACCAGAAGCGGCGGGAGCUGGCGGCGCUCUGCCAGUCGGGGCGGGCCACGGCCCUGCGGCAGGUGGUGCAGGCCCUCACCGCCCUGGUCGAGGCCUCGGAGACCAAGCCCGCGCAGGCCGUCUUCCGGGGGCUGCGCAAGCAGGUGUCGGCCGGCGACCUGUUCCGGUCCCACGUGAUCGACAAGAAGACCCUGGACGAGCUGAACCAGGGCACGAGGACGGUGCAGGAGGUGACCGCCAUGGACAGCGUGCGGACCUUCCUGGAGGGAGGCAACUUCAUCGCCGGCGUCCUGGUCCAGGCCACCCAGGAGCGGAUGAGCAUCUCGGAGGCCCUGAGCAGGGGCCUCCUGCGGCCGGGCACGGCCCUGGUGCUGCUGGAGGCCCAGGCGGCCACCGGCUUCCUCAUCGACCCCACGGAGAACCGGAAGCUGACCGUGGAGGAGGCCUUCGGGGCAGGGAUGUUCGGGAAGGAAACCUACCAGAAGCUGCUGUCGGCCGAGCGGGCGGUCACCGGCUACACCGACCCCUACACCGGGGAGCAGAUCUCCCUCUUCCAGGCCAUGAAGAAGGAACUGAUCGUCCGGGACCACGGCAUCCGCCUGCUGGAGGCCCAGAUCGCCACAGGCGGCAUCAUCGACCCCGUGCACAGCCACCGCGUGCCCGUGGAAGUGGCCUACCAGCGCGGCUACUUCGACGAGGAGAUGAACCGCGUCCUGGCCGACCCCAGCGACGACACCAAGGGCUUCUUCGACCCCAACACGCACGAGAACCUCACGUACCUGCAGCUGCUGGAGCGCUGCGUGCGUGACCCCGAGACCGGCCUGUACCUGCUGCAAAUCGUUAAGAAAGGGGAGACGUACGCGUACGUGGAUGAGGCCACCAGGCGGGCUCUGCGGGCGCAGACCAUGACCCUGCACGUGGGCCGGUUCGCCGGGCGGACCGUCUCUGUCUGGGACCUGCUGUCGUCGCAGUACUUCUCGGAGGAGCGGCGGCGGGAGCUGGCCCAGCAGUGGCACGCCCGGGCCCUGAACCUGCAGCAGCUGCUGGGCCUCAUCACGGCCGUCGUGGAGGAGACAGAGAAGCAACACCAGGCGGUCAGGGUGGCCGGGAUCGGCGGGGAGGUGACCGCCGCAGAGUUGUUCAACGCCGGCGUCAUCGACAAAAAGACGCUGGACUCGCGGCCCGGGGCCCAGGCCCUCCUGGAGCUGCCGAACGUGAAGGUCGCCCUGCAGGGCAGCGGCUGCAUCGCGGGGGUGACUGUCCCUUCCACACAGGAGGUGCUGAGCCUCUACGAGGCCAGCGUGAGGGGCCUCGUCCCCACGGGAUUCGCGGCCCAGCUGCUGGAGGCCCAGGCGGCCACAGGCUUCCUGCUGGACCCCCGCAGCCACCGGAGGCUCUCGGUGGACGAGGCCGUGGCCGCGGGCCUGGUGGGCGAGGAGCUUCGGGAGAGGCUCCUGGACGCCGAGAAGGCCGCCAAAGGCUACGUGGACCCAGACACGGGGGACACGGUCCCACUGUCCCAGGCCACGGACAGAAAGCUGGUAAAGCGGGAGGAGGCGCUCCGGCUGCUGGAAGUGCAGGUGGCCACGGGCGGGGUCAUCGACCCGCGGCACCACCUACGGCUCCCACUGGACACGGCCUACGCGCGCGGCUGUCUGCGCCGCGACACCUACGCCCUCGUGUCUGAUCAGAAGCACAUGAACAAGAGGUUCCUGGACCCCAACACCCACGAGAAGGUGACGUACCAGGAGCUUCAGGGGCGAAGCUGCCAGGAAGAGGGGACGGGCUGGGCUCUGUUCCCCGUGACCCGCGAGGAGAAGGACACCACGCACAUCGACGAGGCCACGAGGAAGGCCCUGGAGGUCGAGCGGGUGGACGUCCCGGUAGGCAGGUACCGGGGACAGCGGCCGUCCGUGUGGGAGCUGCUGAACUCCGAGUACGUCACGGAGGAGAAGAAGCUGGAGUUGGUGGGAAAAUACAAGCGAGACACGGCCAAGGCCCUGGACAAGGUGGUGAACAAAAUCUUCGUGAUGAUCGACGAGAAGGAGAAGAGCGCGAGGCAGCUGUGGUUCCGGGGCAUCCGGAGGCACAUCACGGCCACCGAGCUCUUCCAGGCGGCCAUCAUCACCAAGGAAACGCUGCAGCAGCUGGAGGCCGGACACAGCAGCGUGGAGGACGUGGGGCAGGACGCCGGCGUGAGGCGCUACCUGGAGGGCACGAGCUGCAUCGCGGGCGUGCUGGUGCCCGCCAGGGACCAGCCCGGGAGGCGGGAGAAGAUGAGCGUCUACCAGGCCAUGUGGAAGGGCCACCUGCGGCCGGGCACGGCCCUGGUGCUGCUGGAGGCCCAGGCGGCCACCGGCUUCCUCAUCGACCCCGUGGGCAACCGGCGGCUGUCCGUGGACGAGGCCGUGGCUGCGGACCUGGUGGGCGGCGAGAUCCGGGACAAGCUGCUGUCGGCCGAGCGGGCGGUCACCGGCUACACCGACCCCUACACCGGGGAGCAGAUCUCCCUCUUCCAGGCCAUGAAGAAAGACCUGAUCGUCCGGGACCACGGCAUCCGCCUGCUGGAGGCCCAGAUCGCCACGGGCGGCAUCAUCGACCCCGUGCACAGCCACCGCGUGCCCGUGGAGGUGGCCUACAAGAACGGCUACUUCGACGAGGAGAUGAACCGCGUCCUGGCCGACCCCAGCGACGACACCAAGGGCUUCUUCGACCCCAACACGCACGAGAACCUCACCUACAUGCAGCUGCUGCGUCGCUGCGUGCGCGACCCCGACACGGGGCUCUACAUGCUGCAGCUGGCCGGCCAGGGCUCCGUCGUGCACCAGCUCAGCGAGGAGCUGCGCCGCGCCCUGCACGACGUCCGUGUGACGCUGCCCCCGGCCGCCGGCGGCACCCAGGGCCUGGUCGUCUCGGUCUGGGAGCUGCUCUUCUACCGGGAGGUGUCCGAGAGCCUGCGGCAGGACCUGCUGGUCCAGUACCGGGCGGGCACGCUGACCGCGCAGCAGCUGGGCGCCUCGCUCACCUCGCUGCUGGCCGGGGCCCCGGAAGGGAGCCCGCACCCGGCCCCGGCCGACCCUAGGCGGGCCCUGAGCGCGGUCACCAUGGAGGUGAAGGUGGGCCGCCUGCGGGGGCCGGCCGUGCCCGUGUGGGACGUGCUGGAGUCCGACUACGUGAGCGCCGGCAGCAGGGAGCAGCUGCUGGCCCAGUUCCGCUCGGGGAGGCUGGGCCUGCCCGCGCUGACCCGCCGGCUGACCACCAUCAUCGAGGAGGCCGAGGGGGCCCAGGGCACCGAGCACCUCCAGGUGUCCAGCCCCCCGGGGCGUGGUGACGCCCAGGCCGACCCCCAGGCCGCCAGGCGCCUCCAGGAGCAGGCUCUGCGUGCGGCCACCAUGGAGGUGCAUGCCGGGCGAUUCCAGGGGCAGCCGGUGUCCGUGUGGGACGUCCUCUCCUCCUCCUACCUGAGCCAGGCCCGCCGGGAAGAGCUGCUGGCCCAGCACGCGGCCGGCGCCCUGGCCCUGCCGGGCCUCGUGGCCGUCCUCACCCAGGUCGUCGAGGAGACGGAGCAACGGCUCAGCAAGAUGUCCUUCCCGGGCCUGAGGCGCCAGGUGACGGCGUCCCAGCUGGGCGUCUCCAGGGUCCUGGACCCCGAGACCCUGCAGGGCCUGGCCCAGGGCACCAAGAGCCCCCAGGAGGUGAUGAAGAUGGACUCGGUCAAGCGCUACCUGGAGGGCACGAGCUGCAUCGCGGGCGUGCUGGUGCCCGCCAGGGACCAGCCCGGGAGGCGGGAGAAGAUGAGCGUCUACCAGGCCAUGUGGAAGGGCCACCUGCGGCCGGGCACGGCCCUGGUGCUGCUGGAGGCCCAGGCGGCCACCGGCUUCCUCAUCGACCCCGUGGGCAACCGGCGGCUGUCCGUGGACGAGGCCGUGGCCGCGGACCUGGUGGGCGGCGAGAUCCGGGACAAGCUGCUGUCGGCCGAGCGGGCGGUCACCGGCUACACCGACCCCUACACCGGGGAGCAGAUCUCCCUCUUCCAGGCCAUGAAGAAAGACCUGAUCGUCCGGGACCACGGCAUCCGCCUGCUGGAGGCCCAGAUCGCCACGGGCGGCAUCAUCGACCCCGUGCACAGCCACCGCGUGCCCGUGGAGGUGGCCUACAAGAACGGCUACUUCGACGAGGAGAUGAACCGCGUCCUGGCCGACCCCAGCGACGACACCAAGGGCUUCUUCGACCCCAACACGCACGAGAACCUCACCUACAUGCAGCUGCUGCGUCGCUGCGUGCGCGACCCCGACACGGGGCUCUACAUGCUGCAGCUGGCCGGCCAGGGCUCCGUCGUGCACCAGCUCAGCGAGGAGCUGCGCCGCGCCCUGCACGACGUCCGUGUGACGCUGCCCCCGGCCGCCGGCGGCACCCAGGGCCUGGUCGUCUCGGUCUGGGAGCUGCUCUUCUACCGGGAGGUGUCCGAGAGCCUGCGGCAGGACCUGCUGGUCCAGUACCGGGCGGGCACGCUGACCGCGCAGCAGCUGGGCGCCUCGCUCACCUCGCUGCUGGCCGGGGCCCCGGAAGGGAGCCCGCACCCGGCCCCGGCCGACCCUAGGCGGGCCCUGAGCGCGGUCACCAUGGAGGUGAAGGUGGGCCGCCUGCGGGGGCCGGCCGUGCCCGUGUGGGACGUGCUGGAGUCCGACUACGUGAGCGCCGGCAGCAGGGAGCAGCUGCUGGCCCAGUUCCGCUCGGGGAGGCUGGGCCUGCCCGCGCUGACCCGCCGGCUGACCACCAUCAUCGAGGAGGCCGAGGGGGCCCAGGGCACCGAGCACCUCCAGGUGUCCAGCCCCCCGGGGCGUGGUGACGCCCAGGCCGACCCCCAGGCCGCCAGGCGCCUCCAGGAGCAGGCUCUGCGUGCGGCCACCAUGGAGGUGCAUGCCGGGCGAUUCCAGGGGCAGCCGGUGUCCGUGUGGGACGUCCUCUCCUCCUCCUACCUGAGCCAGGCCCGCCGGGAAGAGCUGCUGGCCCAGCACGCGGCCGGCGCCCUGGCCCUGCCGGGCCUCGUGGCCGUCCUCACCCAGGUCGUCGAGGAGACGGAGCAACGGCUCAGCAAGAUGUCCUUCCCGGGCCUGAGGCGCCAGGUGACGGCGUCCCAGCUGGGCGUCUCCAGGGUCCUGGACCCCGAGACCCUGCAGGGCCUGGCCCAGGGCACCAAGAGCCCCCAGGAGGUGAUGAAGAUGGACUCGGUCAAGCGCUACCUGGAGGGCACGAGCUGCAUCGCGGGCGUGCUGGUGCCCGCCAGGGACCAGCCCGGGAGGCGGGAGAAGAUGAGCGUCUACCAGGCCAUGUGGAAGGGCCACCUGCGGCCGGGCACGGCCCUGGUGCUGCUGGAGGCCCAGGCGGCCACCGGCUUCCUCAUCGACCCCGUGGGCAACCGGCGGCUGUCCGUGGACGAGGCCGUGGCCGCGGACCUGGUGGGCGGCGAGAUCCGGGACAAGCUGCUGUCGGCCGAGCGGGCGGUCACCGGCUACACCGACCCCUACACCGGGGAGCAGAUCUCCCUCUUCCAGGCCAUGAAGAAAGACCUGAUCGUCCGGGACCACGGCAUCCGCCUGCUGGAGGCCCAGAUCGCCACGGGCGGCAUCAUCGACCCCGUGCACAGCCACCGCGUGCCCGUGGAGGUGGCCUACAAGAACGGCUACUUCGACGAGGAGAUGAACCGCGUCCUGGCCGACCCCAGCGACGACACCAAGGGCUUCUUCGACCCCAACACGCACGAGAACCUCACCUACAUGCAGCUGCUGCGUCGCUGCGUGCGCGACCCCGACACGGGGCUCUACAUGCUGCAGCUGGCCGGCCAGGGCUCCGUCGUGCACCAGCUCAGCGAGGAGCUGCGCCGCGCCCUGCACGACGUCCGUGUGACGCUGCCCCCGGCCGCCGGCGGCACCCAGGGCCUGGUCGUCUCGGUCUGGGAGCUGCUCUUCUACCGGGAGGUGUCCGAGAGCCUGCGGCAGGACCUGCUGGUCCAGUACCGGGCGGGCACGCUGACCGCGCAGCAGCUGGGCGCCUCGCUCACCUCGCUGCUGGCCGGGGCCCCGGAAGGGAGCCCGCACCCGGCCCCGGCCGACCCUAGGCGGGCCCUGAGCGCGGUCACCAUGGAGGUGAAGGUGGGCCGCCUGCGGGGGCCGGCCGUGCCCGUGUGGGACGUGCUGGAGUCCGACUACGUGAGCGCCGGCAGCAGGGAGCAGCUGCUGGCCCAGUUCCGCUCGGGGAGGCUGGGCCUGCCCGCGCUGACCCGCCGGCUGACCACCAUCAUCGAGGAGGCCGAGGGGGCCCAGGGCACCGAGCACCUCCAGGUGUCCAGCCCCCCGGGGCGUGGUGACGCCCAGGCCGACCCCCAGGCCGCCAGGCGCCUCCAGGAGCAGGCUCUGCGUGCGGCCACCAUGGAGGUGCAUGCCGGGCGAUUCCAGGGGCAGCCGGUGUCCGUGUGGGACGUCCUCUCCUCCUCCUACCUGAGCCAGGCCCGCCGGGAAGAGCUGCUGGCCCAGCACGCGGCCGGCGCCCUGGCCCUGCCGGGCCUCGUGGCCGUCCUCACCCAGGUCGUCGAGGAGACGGAGCAACGGCUCAGCAAGAUGUCCUUCCCGGGCCUGAGGCGCCAGGUGACGGCGUCCCAGCUGGGCGUCUCCAGGGUCCUGGACCCCGAGACCCUGCAGGGCCUGGCCCAGGGCACCAAGAGCCCCCAGGAGGUGAUGAAGAUGGACUCGGUCAAGCGCUACCUGGAGGGCACGAGCUGCAUCGCGGGCGUGCUGGUGCCCGCCAGGGACCAGCCCGGGAGGCGGGAGAAGAUGAGCGUCUACCAGGCCAUGUGGAAGGGCCACCUGCGGCCGGGCACGGCCCUGGUGCUGCUGGAGGCCCAGGCGGCCACCGGCUUCCUCAUCGACCCCGUGGGCAACCGGCGGCUGUCCGUGGACGAGGCCGUGGCCGCGGACCUGGUGGGCGGCGAGAUCCGGGACAAGCUGCUGUCGGCCGAGCGGGCGGUCACCGGCUACACCGACCCCUACACCGGGGAGCAGAUCUCCCUCUUCCAGGCCAUGAAGAAAGACCUGAUCGUCCGGGACCACGGCAUCCGCCUGCUGGAGGCCCAGAUCGCCACGGGCGGCAUCAUCGACCCCGUGCACAGCCACCGCGUGCCCGUGGAGGUGGCCUACAAGAACGGCUACUUCGACGAGGAGAUGAACCGCGUCCUGGCCGACCCCAGCGACGACACCAAGGGCUUCUUCGACCCCAACACGCACGAGAACCUCACCUACAUGCAGCUGCUGCGUCGCUGCGUGCGCGACCCCGACACGGGGCUCUACAUGCUGCAGCUGGCCGGCCAGGGCUCCGUCGUGCACCAGCUCAGCGAGGAGCUGCGCCGCGCCCUGCACGACGUCCGUGUGACGCUGCCCCCGGCCGCCGGCGGCACCCAGGGCCUGGUCGUCUCGGUCUGGGAGCUGCUCUUCUACCGGGAGGUGUCCGAGAGCCUGCGGCAGGACCUGCUGGUCCAGUACCGGGCGGGCACGCUGACCGCGCAGCAGCUGGGCGCCUCGCUCACCUCGCUGCUGGCCGGGGCCCCGGAAGGGAGCCCGCACCCGGCCCCGGCCGACCCUAGGCGGGCCCUGAGCGCGGUCACCAUGGAGGUGAAGGUGGGCCGCCUGCGGGGGCCGGCCGUGCCCGUGUGGGACGUGCUGGAGUCCGACUACGUGAGCGCCGGCAGCAGGGAGCAGCUGCUGGCCCAGUUCCGCUCGGGGAGGCUGGGCCUGCCCGCGCUGACCCGCCGGCUGACCACCAUCAUCGAGGAGGCCGAGGGGGCCCAGGGCACCGAGCACCUCCAGGUGUCCAGCCCCCCGGGGCGUGGUGACGCCCAGGCCGACCCCCAGGCCGCCAGGCGCCUCCAGGAGCAGGCUCUGCGUGCGGCCACCAUGGAGGUGCAUGCCGGGCGAUUCCAGGGGCAGCCGGUGUCCGUGUGGGACGUCCUCUCCUCCUCCUACCUGAGCCAGGCCCGCCGGGAAGAGCUGCUGGCCCAGCACGCGGCCGGCGCCCUGGCCCUGCCGGGCCUCGUGGCCGUCCUCACCCAGGUCGUCGAGGAGACGGAGCAACGGCUCAGCAAGAUGUCCUUCCCGGGCCUGAGGCGCCAGGUGACGGCGUCCCAGCUGGGCGUCUCCAGGGUCCUGGACCCCGAGACCCUGCAGGGCCUGGCCCAGGGCACCAAGAGCCCCCAGGAGGUGAUGAAGAUGGACUCGGUCAAGCGCUACCUGGAGGGCACGAGCUGCAUCGCGGGCGUGCUGGUGCCCGCCAGGGACCAGCCCGGGAGGCGGGAGAAGAUGAGCGUCUACCAGGCCAUGUGGAAGGGCCACCUGCGGCCGGGCACGGCCCUGGUGCUGCUGGAGGCCCAGGCGGCCACCGGCUUCCUCAUCGACCCCGUGGGCAACCGGCGGCUGUCCGUGGACGAGGCCGUGGCCGCGGACCUGGUGGGCGGCGAGAUCCGGGACAAGCUGCUGUCGGCCGAGCGGGCGGUCACCGGCUACACCGACCCCUACACCGGGGAGCAGAUCUCCCUCUUCCAGGCCAUGAAGAAAGACCUGAUCGUCCGGGACCACGGCAUCCGCCUGCUGGAGGCCCAGAUCGCCACGGGCGGCAUCAUCGACCCCGUGCACAGCCACCGCGUGCCCGUGGAGGUGGCCUACAAGAACGGCUACUUCGACGAGGAGAUGAACCGCGUCCUGGCCGACCCCAGCGACGACACCAAGGGCUUCUUCGACCCCAACACGCACGAGAACCUCACCUACAUGCAGCUGCUGCGUCGCUGCGUGCGCGACCCCGACACGGGGCUCUACAUGCUGCAGCUGGCCGGCCAGGGCUCCGUCGUGCACCAGCUCAGCGAGGAGCUGCGCCGCGCCCUGCACGACGUCCGUGUGACGCUGCCCCCGGCCGCCGGCGGCACCCAGGGCCUGGUCGUCUCGGUCUGGGAGCUGCUCUUCUACCGGGAGGUGUCCGAGAGCCUGCGGCAGGACCUGCUGGUCCAGUACCGGGCGGGCACGCUGACCGCGCAGCAGCUGGGCGCCUCGCUCACCUCGCUGCUGGCCAGGGCCCCGGAAGGGAGCCCGCACCCGGCCCCGGCCGACCCUAGGCGGGCCCUGAGCGCGGUCACCAUGGAGGUGAAGGUGGGCCGCCUGCGGGGGCCGGCCGUGCCCGUGUGGGACGUGCUGGAGUCCGACUACGUGAGCGCCGGCAGCAGGGAGCAGCUGCUGGCCCAGUUCCGCUCGGGGAGGCUGGGCCUGCCCGCGCUGACCCGCCGGCUGACCACCAUCAUCGAGGAGGCCGAGGGGGCCCAGGGCACCGAGCACCUCCAGGUGUCCAGCCCCCCGGGGCGUGGUGACGCCCAGGCCGACCCCCAGGCCGCCAGGCGCCUCCAGGAGCAGGCUCUGCGUGCGGCCACCAUGGAGGUGCAUGCCGGGCGAUUCCAGGGGCAGCCGGUGUCCGUGUGGGACGUCCUCUCCUCCUCCUACCUGAGCCAGGCCCGCCGGGAAGAGCUGCUGGCCCAGCACGCGGCCGGCGCCCUGGCCCUGCCGGGCCUCGUGGCCGUCCUCACCCAGGUCGUCGAGGAGACGGAGCAACGGCUCAGCAAGAUGUCCUUCCCGGGCCUGAGGCGCCAGGUGACGGCGUCCCAGCUGGGCGUCUCCAGGGUCCUGGACCCCGAGACCCUGCAGGGCCUGGCCCAGGGCACCAAGAGCCCCCAGGAGGUGAUGAAGAUGGACUCGGUCAAGCGCUACCUGGAGGGCACGAGCUGCAUCGCGGGCGUGCUGGUGCCCGCCAGGGACCAGCCCGGGAGGCGGGAGAAGAUGAGCGUCUACCAGGCCAUGUGGAAGGGCCACCUGCGGCCGGGCACGGCCCUGGUGCUGCUGGAGGCCCAGGCGGCCACCGGCUUCCUCAUCGACCCCGUGGGCAACCGGCGGCUGUCCGUGGACGAGGCCGUGGCCGCGGACCUGGUGGGCGGCGAGAUCCGGGACAAGCUGCUGUCGGCCGAGCGGGCGGUCACCGGCUACACCGACCCCUACACCGGGGAGCAGAUCUCCCUCUUCCAGGCCAUGAAGAAAGACCUGAUCGUCCGGGACCACGGCAUCCGCCUGCUGGAGGCCCAGAUCGCCACGGGCGGCAUCAUCGACCCCGUGCACAGCCACCGCGUGCCCGUGGAGGUGGCCUACAAGAACGGCUACUUCGACGAGGAGAUGAACCGCGUCCUGGCCGACCCCAGCGACGACACCAAGGGCUUCUUCGACCCCAACACGCACGAGAACCUCACCUACAUGCAGCUGCUGCGUCGCUGCGUGCGCGACCCCGACACGGGGCUCUACAUGCUGCAGCUGGCCGGCCAGGGCUCCGUCGUGCACCAGCUCAGCGAGGAGCUGCGCCGCGCCCUGCACGACGUCCGUGUGACGCUGCCCCCGGCCGCCGGCGGCACCCAGGGCCUGGUCGUCUCGGUCUGGGAGCUGCUCUUCUACCGGGAGGUGUCCGAGAGCCUGCGGCAGGACCUGCUGGUCCAGUACCGGGCGGGCACGCUGACCGCGCAGCAGCUGGGCGCCUCGCUCACCUCGCUGCUGGCCGGGGCCCCGGAAGGGAGCCCGCACCCGGCCCCGGCCGACCCUAGGCGGGCCCUGAGCGCGGUCACCAUGGAGGUGAAGGUGGGCCGCCUGCGGGGGCCGGCCGUGCCCGUGUGGGACGUGCUGGAGUCCGACUACGUGAGCGCCGGCAGCAGGGAGCAGCUGCUGGCCCAGUUCCGCUCGGGGAGGCUGGGCCUGCCCGCGCUGACCCGCCGGCUGACCACCAUCAUCGAGGAGGCCGAGGGGGCCCAGGGCACCGAGCACCUCCAGGUGUCCAGCCCCCCGGGGCGUGGUGACGCCCAGGCCGACCCCCAGGCCGCCAGGCGCCUCCAGGAGCAGGCUCUGCGUGCGGCCACCAUGGAGGUGCAUGCCGGGCGAUUCCAGGGGCAGCCGGUGUCCGUGUGGGACGUCCUCUCCUCCUCCUACCUGAGCCAGGCCCGCCGGGAAGAGCUGCUGGCCCAGCACGCGGCCGGCGCCCUGGCCCUGCCGGGCCUCGUGGCCGUCCUCACCCAGGUCGUCGAGGAGACGGAGCAACGGCUCAGCAAGAUGUCCUUCCCGGGCCUGAGGCGCCAGGUGACGGCGUCCCAGCUGGGCGUCUCCAGGGUCCUGGACCCCGAGACCCUGCAGGGCCUGGCCCAGGGCACCAAGAGCCCCCAGGAGGUGAUGAAGAUGGACUCGGUCAAGCGCUACCUGGAGGGCACGAGCUGCAUCGCGGGCGUGCUGGUGCCCGCCAGGGACCAGCCCGGGAGGCGGGAGAAGAUGAGCGUCUACCAGGCCAUGUGGAAGGGCCACCUGCGGCCGGGCACGGCCCUGGUGCUGCUGGAGGCCCAGGCGGCCACCGGCUUCCUCAUCGACCCCGUGGGCAACCGGCGGCUGUCCGUGGACGAGGCCGUGGCCGCGGACCUGGUGGGCGGCGAGAUCCGGGACAAGCUGCUGUCGGCCGAGCGGGCGGUCACCGGCUACACCGACCCCUACACCGGGGAGCAGAUCUCCCUCUUCCAGGCCAUGAAGAAAGACCUGAUCGUCCGGGACCACGGCAUCCGCCUGCUGGAGGCCCAGAUCGCCACGGGCGGCAUCAUCGACCCCGUGCACAGCCACCGCGUGCCCGUGGAGGUGGCCUACAAGAACGGCUACUUCGACGAGGAGAUGAACCGCGUCCUGGCCGACCCCAGCGACGACACCAAGGGCUUCUUCGACCCCAACACGCACGAGAACCUCACCUACAUGCAGCUGCUGCGUCGCUGCGUGCGCGACCCCGACACGGGGCUCUACAUGCUGCAGCUGGCCGGCCAGGGCUCCGUCGUGCACCAGCUCAGCGAGGAGCUGCGCCGCGCCCUGCACGACGUCCGUGUGACGCUGCCCCCGGCCGCCGGCGGCACCCAGGGCCUGGUCGUCUCGGUCUGGGAGCUGCUCUUCUACCGGGAGGUGUCCGAGAGCCUGCGGCAGGACCUGCUGGUCCAGUACCGGGCGGGCACGCUGACCGCGCAGCAGCUGGGCGCCUCGCUCACCUCGCUGCUGGCCGGGGCCCCGGAAGGGAGCCCGCACCCGGCCCCGGCCGACCCUAGGCGGGCCCUGAGCGCGGUCACCAUGGAGGUGAAGGUGGGCCGCCUGCGGGGGCCGGCCGUGCCCGUGUGGGACGUGCUGGAGUCCGACUACGUGAGCGCCGGCAGCAGGGAGCAGCUGCUGGCCCAGUUCCGCUCGGGGAGGCUGGGCCUGCCCGCGCUGACCCGCCGGCUGACCACCAUCAUCGAGGAGGCCGAGGGGGCCCAGGGCACCGAGCACCUCCAGGUGUCCAGCCCCCCGGGGCGUGGUGACGCCCAGGCCGACCCCCAGGCCGCCAGGCGCCUCCAGGAGCAGGCUCUGCGUGCGGCCACCAUGGAGGUGCAUGCCGGGCGAUUCCAGGGGCAGCCGGUGUCCGUGUGGGACGUCCUCUCCUCCUCCUACCUGAGCCAGGCCCGCCGGGAAGAGCUGCUGGCCCAGCACGCGGCCGGCGCCCUGGCCCUGCCGGGCCUCGUGGCCGUCCUCACCCAGGUCGUCGAGGAGACGGAGCAACGGCUCAGCAAGAUGUCCUUCCCGGGCCUGAGGCGCCAGGUGACGGCGUCCCAGCUGGGCGUCUCCAGGGUCCUGGACCCCGAGACCCUGCAGGGCCUGGCCCAGGGCACCAAGAGCCCCCAGGAGGUGAUGAAGAUGGACUCGGUCAAGCGCUACCUGGAGGGCACGAGCUGCAUCGCGGGCGUGCUGGUGCCCGCCAGGGACCAGCCCGGGAGGCGGGAGAAGAUGAGCGUCUACCAGGCCAUGUGGAAGGGCCACCUGCGGCCGGGCACGGCCCUGGUGCUGCUGGAGGCCCAGGCGGCCACCGGCUUCCUCAUCGACCCCGUGGGCAACCGGCGGCUGUCCGUGGACGAGGCCGUGGCCGCGGACCUGGUGGGCGGCGAGAUCCGGGACAAGCUGCUGUCGGCCGAGCGGGCGGUCACCGGCUACACCGACCCCUACACCGGGGAGCAGAUCUCCCUCUUCCAGGCCAUGAAGAAAGACCUGAUCGUCCGGGACCACGGCAUCCGCCUGCUGGAGGCCCAGAUCGCCACGGGCGGCAUCAUCGACCCCGUGCACAGCCACCGCGUGCCCGUGGAGGUGGCCUACAAGAACGGCUACUUCGACGAGGAGAUGAACCGCGUCCUGGCCGACCCCAGCGACGACACCAAGGGCUUCUUCGACCCCAACACGCACGAGAACCUCACCUACAUGCAGCUGCUGCAGAAGGCCACUCUUGACCCUGAAACUGGCCUGUUACUUCUUUCUCUGUCUUGAGGGUGAAUGGACUGUUUGUGUGGUGGGAUGUUAACUCUCAAAUAUGUCUUACUCUAUUCUUCAGAUUUUAAAAUAUUCUUUAAUUUGGUUUUACUUAGUUUUUAAAAUGUAUACAUUUUUGAUUUAAUAGUGAGAGGCGAGCGAUAGGGAGAUAGAAACAUGGAUGAGAGAAUAACAUCGGUGGGCUGCCUCCAGCAAGCCUGUUCUGGGGAUGGAGUGGGCAACCCUGGCAUCGAACCCGGGACCUCUGAGUUCCUGGGCCCGUGCUCAACCACGGAGCCAAUGGCUGGGCGGCUCAGUGUUUAAAUGUAUCUGGUAACAUUGUUCCCUUCCCAUGGCCCCCCAGGUGCGCGUCCAGAGCAGGCCUGUUCCCUGGCGUGUUCAUCCUGACGAGUGGUGGCCCCCCUUGUGCUUUUGUUGUUAUUUCUGGGAAUAUUGGCGGGUGGCCAUCUUACAGGCUCCGCUGCGCUUGGAACAAAGGACUGUCUGUUCCUGGGACCUCAGCCUGUCACCCUGGGGUGUCUGCAGCGCUUUGUGUUUUCUGGUUGUUAUUAAAGCCUUUCUUCCGUUGGAA